CGUUCCAGCUGCAUAACAUGAACAAAGAAUUGCCUAAUAAGGAUACUUCCCACAAAGGCAAUUUUGGACAAUGCGAGCAACCACAAUGUGCUGAUUGGUGAUGGUAGGAUUGCUUUCUCUUCUUGCAUCAUUCCUUCUCGUAUAAAUGUCCGAAUGGCUGAGGACAAUGGGCACCCGUCGCCGAAGCUCGCCUCCAGCCUCAAGUCCACUCUCGCGCACUAGUACUCUGCUAUCACUCCAGAAAUGCAUUCUCCUGCCAUCAUCCUCCAAACCGCGAACACGCGCCGCUCUCGUGCAGUCAAAGAGGAGAGUGCAGCCCGUGCACGAGCUGUAUCGAUGAAGCGACGUGCACCGCUGGGCGUCAAGCUUGACGUGAACGUCGACGCUGUUCCGAUUGCGAGCUCCUCGAAGAUCACUCUCCCGUGUUCCCUACUGUGUCCAGUAUCCGACGACGUUCCGCGCGCGCCUUUGGUCGCAGCAUAUCCUCAGUUGGAGAAGGUCCCAACACAGUAUAUUCGCGACCGCCUGCCUUUGACUUCAUUGUGUGCAGCUGUGAGAGCAGUGGAGACCUCGGUAUCCAGGUCUUCCCUCCCGAAGGAAGUGCGCAUCCCAAAGAACAGGGAUAUUGAGGCGGCAUGUCCUACACACAUGCUGGCUGUGCACGGAGGCUCCCUGCGCGGCCAGACCUGCCCAGUCAGUCUGUAUCCGGUGCACCACAUCGUCUUCGCCUCACACUGCGCCCACAUGCCCAGCAUGCCUCCCCCUCCCUCGGACGACCCAUCCGCAGCGCACGUGGUGCUUCCCGUGGUUCCUUUCAAGGUUCCCUCACCGGAGACGUUCUCUGCCUUAUAUGCGUACCUCUACACCAAGCAGGUGUCUGCGCUGGUCACCCAGCUGUCGCCGCCGUGCUCCUCCGACCUGCUCCUCCUCUUCGCGCAUGCGGGGAAGAUCCACGGGCUGUGGCAGAACGCCUGUGCGCUGGGUGUCGUGGACCAGAUCCUGUACCGUGUCAUCCAGGUCUCGUGGUCGCGCACCCUCGCUGCCAUGCACACUUGCGCUUCGUGAUUUCGCGAGUCGCAGCCCAUUGUUCGUCUUGGAUUCGUACCACAUAUUCUCUGCUUGGCCCAACGUACUUGUGUAUGUAUCACCGAUCAACUGUAGCUCAUAAUAAACUCAUGCCCACUUUGUACUAAGUAUGUACUUAACUGCUAGUGAUGGCAAAUUUAGAUGUUGACAAACAACACUGUGGGACUGUUGCUGGAGCUCCAUGGCAGUCAUCGCUGGCUGGAUUGGACGACUGCGGUCAACAGAUCUUUCGGGCGUUGCGACUCCAAUGCCGAACUGCUCUCAUCUGUUUCGUGGAAACACCCCUGCUCUCUCAAGUGGUCUCUACAAUCUAUCUUGGGUCUUCGCAAACUGCCGUGCAUAAUGCAAUCUUUCUCGCAUCGGUUGUCGUUGCUCGCGAUAUCCACUCAUGAGGCAUCCAUCGAUCACUACUCCAGUUCCAAAAUAAUCCUCCCCGCGCUGGUACAAAAAGGGUGCAAGUGCUCGUCCCACACUCGGCCGUUUCUUUCACUACCCACUCCCGACCUGUGGUCAAAUACCUCUUGAUUUCUUGAUUGUGCAGCGCACAUCUCCUACUUUUCGCUUUCUUCACCAUGCGUUUCUCCUUUGCUGCUCUCACUCUCGCCGCGUCCCUCGCGGGCUCCGCCGUCGCCGCCCCCGUCAGCCUGCACUUUGUGCGUCGCAUCUUGCCUGGCCGCUGAGACGGUUCGCCACUUACGCCCCAUUCCCGGAACAGGGUCGUGCGCAAGCCUCCGACAGCUCCGUGUCCGUCGCGGAUAACAGCACUGUGAACGCGGGGACGGACUCGAUCUCCAACAGCAGCAGCAGCAACAGUUCUUCGGCGUCCAUCGCAGACAACAGCACCGUGGCCACGGGGACUGGCACGGACAGCAACAA